AUGGUGCCCGCACCACCGUCCUUGCCCACUCGAUUUCCGUGCUGGUGCAGAGCGGUCUACUCCUGGGGCGGAGAGUCCAAGCGAGAUCUCGGCUUCAUCGAGGGCGAUCUGAUCGAAUGUCUUAAUGCCGGCGACGGCUCUUGGUGGACAGGCAGGCUAUGGCGCGAUCGGAGGACAAUAGGAGUGUUUCCGUCCAACUUUGUCGAGGUUUUGCCCUCCGAUUUCCGGCCGACAACCAGGUCCGCCAGCCCGCUCCCCGCAGACACACCGAGCCCAAGUACACCUCAGAAGUCAAGGACUUUCCGAAAGCCCUUCGAAGCCUACUCCAAGGCGCCGCACUACACGGCAGCAAAACAGCCUGAAGUCUACCGCACGAACCCGCACCCGAGGCCUAGAGGGCACUCUGGCGAAUCAAUCCACAGCGCGAUUGCCGAGCAGAGCAAGAGAGACCGGUCGCCGGCGCCUGAAGCCUUCCUAUCGAGAGAGAACUCUUUCAACGAUGCUGCCUCGACUAGAAUGCGAGCAUACACAUCGCCAGCCCCGACCGGUUACGUAUCGCGGGGCAACUCGUUCAACGAUGGCGCGCAGCAGUACAUGCCGAGAGGGAGAACCCCCGUCCCGAGGGGUAGGACACCCGUACCGAGAGAGCGAACCCCUAUUCCUCCCAGAGAACGGACACCCAUCCCCGACUACGGGGCUGAUUACGGCCACGGAUCGAGAAACGAGGCCAGUCUCCCAUACCACCGUCUCACGACUAUGGCUCAAGAGGUGUUUCUCCGGCCCCUUCGAUGA